AACUGCUGCCUGCCUGUGCAGCAGCUGAGGAACCCUGGAUUUCAUAUUACAGACUAAAACCCUGGUAAAACUGCUCAAAAUCCUUCCUGCAGCUGCCAGGCAACAACGAAAGAGAGUUAAAUCCUGUUCUUUUCCAAUACAAUCGAAGCACUCCAUUCUAGCUCUGGCUGCUUUUGAUUGCAGCUCAGUGUUCUUACUAGAAAUAUGGAUACUGAGAAGAGAAUACAGCACUGCAUUGUCCGGCCAGGAAAACAGCAGAUGUAAAAAGCUUCAAUGCAUCAACUGUCAGCAAGAGUCGACAGUGCUCCAAACAGAACGAACAACCACAGCUCUUUUGUUUAAAGAAAGAGAAAGAAAAUGAAAGAAAGGAAAAACCGCAGAAGACUAGGACCCAUAUGAACAAGAAGGGGAACUCGAAGACAAGCAGACAGAUGGACACUCUGGACACUGUGAAAAGCAAUCGCAGGAGGCAGACUGCUGGGGGAGGUGCGCAUGUUCGAUAGCAUCUUGGCUGAAGUGAUGGCGUGCCAAAAGUAUCUUCAGUGGGCAUAAUCCUCGCCUCAUAAAUGCCUGACCAAGGAAGGUGCGUCUUCUCACUGACUUUCUCGACACAGUAGGGGCCAACGGAAACAUGCCAAGCAGUGUACUGUGACUAACAAAACUCUGCCAUAAUCAACCUUGCACCGUCUGUCCCACAACUGAUACAUGACCAUUUUACAAAAAGGCCGCUGACUGUGCACCAUACCACCAACGAAUGACUGCGAGGGAGACGACGUGACAGCAUUGGAAAAUGAUUACCAAAGAACAGUACUGAUUCAGGAGAAGAACACAAUCUCAGCCACCGAUCUCUCAUCCACUACGGGAUAUUAACAACAUGCUUCAGUGGAGAAGAAGACACUGCUGCUUUGCAAAGAUGAGCUGGAAUGCCAAGAGGUCUCUGUUCCGUACCCAUCUUAUUGGUGUACUUUCUCUCGUGUUUCUUUUUGCUAUGUUUUUGUUUUUCAAUCAUCAUGACUGGCUGCCAGGCAGAACUGGAUUCAAAGAAAACCCUGUGACAUACACUUUCCGUGGAUUUCGUUCUACAAAAAGUGAGACAAACCACAGCUCUCUUCGGAACAUUUGGAAAGAAACAGUCCCGCAGACUCUGAGGCCUCAAACAGCAACUAACUCCAAUAACACAGAUCUGUCACCACAAGGAGUUACAGGGCUGGAGAAUACACUCAGUGCCAACGGAAGUAUUUACAAUGAAAAAGGCACUGGACAUCCAAAUUCUUACCAUUUCAAAUACCUUAUCAAUGAACCUGCAAAAUGCCAGGAGAAAAGCCCUUUUUUAAUACUACUAAUAGCUGCAGAACCUGGACAGAUAGAAGCUAGAAGAGCUAUUCGGCAAACUUGGGGCAAUGAAAGUCUAGCACCUGGUAUCCAAAUCACACGAAUUUUUUUGUUGGGUGUAAGUAUUAAGUUAAAUGGCUACCUUCAACGUGCAAUCCUGGAAGAAAGCAGACAAUACCAUGACAUAAUUCAACAGGAAUAUUUAGAUACAUACUAUAAUCUGACCAUUAAAACACUAAUGGGCAUGAACUGGGUUGCCACAUACUGUCCACAUAUUCCAUAUGUUAUGAAAACUGACAGUGACAUGUUUGUCAACACCGAAUAUUUAAUACUUAAGUUACUCAAGCCAGACCUGCCUCCUAGACAUAACUAUUUUACUGGUUACCUAAUGAGGGGAUACGCACCCAACAGAAACAAAGACAGCAAGUGGUACAUGCCACCAGACCUCUACCCAAGUGAGCGCUAUCCUGUCUUCUGUUCUGGGACUGGUUAUGUUUUUUCUGGAGAUCUGGCAGAGAAGAUAUUUAAAGUUUCUUUAAGCAUCCGUCGUUUGCACUUGGAAGAUGUAUAUGUAGGGAUCUGUCUUGCCAAGUUGAGAAUUGAUCCUGUCCCCCCUCCCAAUGAGUUUGUGUUCAAUCACUGGCGAGUUUCUUAUUCAAGCUGUAAAUACAGCCACCUAAUUACCUCUCAUCAGUUCCAGCCUAGUGAACUGAUAAAAUACUGGAACCAUUUACAACAAAAUAAGCACAACGCUUGUGCCAACGCAGCAAAAGAAAAGGCAGGCAGGUAUCGCCACCGCAAACUCCACUAGAAAAGACAACUUUUUUUUUUUCCCAAA